AUGGAUAAGAGAGUGUGUGGAAUACUCCUUUCUAUGUGUAACUCGUUUUCCAAAAAUUUUGACAAUAAAGGAAACUAUCAAAUUAUUAUUAAUGGAAGCACUUUAAAUACUUAUUGUGCCAACAACACAUGUAGUGAUAAUCUCGGAAAAAUUAAUGCUGGAUGUUUAUAUUUGCUUGAUGCAUUCUUUAAGGAUAAUUCUGUGUUUAAGACUGAUGCAAAAAGUAACAUCAACAUUGUUGAAUACAUUAUCAUAUGGUUAAGUUAUAUGUUAAACCUAAAGCAAAGUGAACAAAAUAUGAGCAAUUUACAAUAUUUUUAUAAGGCAUAUAUAAAUAAUGAUAUGUAUAAAAAGGCUAUAAAUGGUAUUACGGAGUAUACUAGUUAUAAGAAUCUUAUAGAUAAAAAACUUGAUUUGAUAAAUAUGAAUAUUAAAGAUAUAUCUAAAUUAUAUGAUGCAUUUUAUGCAUUAUGUAUGAUGCAUUUUGAAUUUAAUGAAGAAAGUCCAGAUUGUGGUAAAUAUUUGGGAAAAGCUAAAGAAUUUGUUGAAAAAUAUAAAAAACUUAACGUUUCUGAUAUUAAUAAAGAUAGUCCAUAUUAUAGAUUAUUGUUUAAACUAUCAAAUGAUUAUGAUAAUUUUAAAAAGAACUGUAGUGUUAAAUGUUCGGAUUUAUCCUUCCCAACGAUAGAAAAACCAAAAAAUUAUGUUGAAACUUUUGAAAAAGGUCCUGAACAUCUUCAAGCACAAGAUUCUGAAGUUGCAUCAUCAAAUUCAUCAGUAAAAAACAAAUUAUUUACAGUUUUAUCGAUAUUUGGUGUAAUAGCAUUUCUUUUAGGAAUUUCUUACAAGUAUUCGUUGUUUGGAUUUCGGAAACGAUUUCAAAAACAAAAAUUAAGAGAAAAACUAAAAAAUAUAAAGAAGAAAAUGAAUCAAUAA